AUGGCAUCGCAAUCAUAUCCAUCCUCAUUUGAUGAGCCAAUGCAAGAGGAGGAGACCUUCCUUGAUAAACUCAAGUUCAAGUGCAAACAGCAACCGCUUGUUCCACUGGGAUGUCUUGCUACAUGUGUUGCUAUUGGUCUUGCAACCCAUGCGAUCAGAAAGGGUAAUUCUCCCACUGCUCAGAAAUGGUUCAGAAUGAGAGUUGUGUUCCAGGGCCUAACCAUAGUGGCGCUACUGGGUGGUUCUGUGAUUUACGAUAAUGUUGCGAAGGAAGAAAAGAGUGCAGAGGACAUUGCUCGUGAAAAAGCUAAACUCAGAGAGAGAUUGUGGAUUGAAGAGUUGGAGAGGAGAGACUACGAGGCCAAGGAGAGACAGCGCCGCGCAGAAUUAGCGCGUAAGUAUAAGCUUUCUGAGGAGUCGGAGAAAUGA